GGGCGGCCAUGGUUCCUGGGCAGGCGCCUGCGUGAUUCUGUGCCCAGAUCGCCGGAGCCCCCAUCGGCGACAGCAACUAGUGCGAGGAGGAGGCAGUGGCAUCCUCGACUGGGGAAAGUUCUUCUUUUGCUUCUUUUUCAGCUUUGAAAGCUCCAUAUCUGAGACAGUAAUAUUUUGAUUUGCUUUACAACGGUAAUGUAAUACUUUUUGUAGAACUGUUUAUAUUCCUUUUCUUGUACAGGUAAGCCAUGAUUGAAUAAGUUUUUUAUUUUGUGCACUAUGACCUAGUGUUGCUGGUGUAUGAGCAUAUCAUGAACUAGCGUGAUCAUCCUAGAGUUAAUAUGUUUGUUCUAAGGGGUGUUGAACUGUUGAUUCUUGAAAAUAAUAUCUUUAUAUUAUAUUUGAUUUGCCAAGACGCUUUUGUAUAUGAUUAAAAAAUUAAAACUUGUAGAAGUUUUUGACUGGUUAGGGAGUAGUGCUAUUUUUUUUUGCUAGAUUACUGAACUCUCCCUCCCUCCCUAGUUUUGUGUAUGUGUCUUUGUGGAUCACCUAGAGCUUAAUCAUAAUUUCACACAGUUAGGUGCAUAGAAUUAGUCAGUUAGAAGAACUAAAUUUAUACUAUUCCAGGAUGUGUCAUAUUUAUGUUUUGACAUUCAAGAAAAUUAUUUUUCAACAUCAUGUCUGUUGUAGCAAAUUAUUUUUUUAUGACUAUGCAUGCAUUCUGCAUCAUAAUGGUUUGAAUCACAGUAUGUUGAUGUUUGUGUCCCCAAACUAAUAUAGAUUGGUGUAUGUUUGUACUACCUUUUCUUGCUGCUUCUUUUGCUAGAUGAGUCAACCUGCACGUGGUAAUUUCUAUGAUGAUGUCCAAGAUGAUCAUGAGUAUUUAGACUCAUCUGAGAGAGAUACUGAUGAUGAAAAUUAUGAGGGAGCUCCAAAUGACAAUGCACACAGUCAUAGUUCUGGUUUUGUCCAUUUGAGUUCACUUGAUGAUGAUGCACUUUUUAAUAUGCUAAAGAAAUCAGUGUGCACUUCAUUCAGGCACUUUAUUUCUGAAGCAUCUGGUUGUGUUGGUAGUAGCUCCAAAGUUUCUCAUGCUGCUCGAAAUACAAGCAAUGGUAAUAGUCGUGGUGUUGCUUUGAAGGCUGUCACAAAGCAAAAUAUAUCCUAUUUUUCAGAGGUUCUUGGCUCUCUGAACAAACAAAGGCGCGAUGUCAUUGAGUCUUAUGGUUUUGGAUCUUUGCUGCUAUUUGAUAAGUGUGCAGUACCCCUCGCAUUUGCUCGUUGGGUGGCUGAUCAUGUCCGUGAAAGCAGCUGGGACAUUGUAUUGAAGAAUAAGUCCAUCCCCAUAACCCCACAAACUGUCCAUGAUGUGCUUGGCAUCCCGCUUGGGGGAAGACAAUCUCAAAAGCACGUGCAGAACAUGGAAAGCUUGCUUUCUUAAUGUCAAUGAACAUGUCCAGUCUGCCAUCCUUGAAGGUUUGCGGUCAAAAUAUUCUGAAAGAUGGUAUUUCCGAUGACGACCUUGUCCGCAAUUUUCUCGUAGUUGCACUAGUUGCCUUCCUAUGCCCGAACUCAAAUGUUCGCCCUAGCACCGAGUACCUCAAACCACUGGUUGAUGUUAAGAAAGCCGAAGAGUGGGACUAGAGCAAGUUUGUUCAUUAUUGGUUGUUCAAGCAAAUCGAGAAGUAUCAUGGGCUCAAGAAAGAUGAACAAGCUACCACUACUAUGGGAGGAUGUUUGUUUAUCCUUUGUGUUGUGUAUCUUGAUUUUCUCAAUACUGGCUAGCAACAAGUACCACCAACGCUCCCUCGUAUUUCUGUUUGGAAGGGGGACAUGAUCAAAGAUAUGUCCAAGUUUGAUUGCGUACAAGGACACACAUAUGGAAAAUGCAAUGUAUUACCUUUCAAGUCAACUUGUUAUUACAAACAAACUGGGGGUAGAACGCCAUCUCCAACUUGUGUUAUUGAUGGUGCGACUUUCAAGAAGACACUCGUUGAAACUAUUCAUGGGAAUAUGUCUCCUGAGACGCUGAAUGAUGUCACUGAACUAUACACGAAGUAUGUAGCAGGGAACAUUGAUUCAGCUCCACAAACUGCUCAAAAUAUCAUUAUUGAUGUCAUCAAUUAUUUUCACCAGCGAGCUCAACGUGAUAAGAUAGCGAGCACGAGCAACGAUGACAUUCCAAACGAUCAGAAGGAUACUAGAUGCAAUAUGGAUGGCAAUCUACCUGCAGGAGAAGACCUACCCGCUGAUGGUGGCGCUCAUGUUGAUGUUGAAGGUAAUGGGGAGGCUUCAGCCGCACAUGAUGAUUGUAGCAGCAAUACUGUCAUUAUCACUCCAAGCAGUGGUGACUGUAGCUCUGCCCCAGAGAGCAUCACAGAAACUGUGAAAGUUUCAGGGAGUUUCUAUUGCACACCAGAUCAGUUGGACUCGUCCCGAGGUGUUGGUUCUCAAUCAAAGAGAAGGAGAUUAUCCAUAUCUCCUGCAAGUGCGAACAAUGAAUGUGGCAGUUCUAGUGUUGCUGAACGGACACGGUCUCGUCGUACAUCAUUUUCGCCACAUGCAGCAACUCCAGAUCAACCUACAUUUGUCCAUAAUCCGGAGUCUAUCUUGAGGAAAAAGCGUUUGGCUUCACGUUCGCGCACACAACCAGACAAAAUUUUGGAGGGUAAUUCUCUUGCUGAUGCUGAUGAUGUUAUUUUUCUGUGGGUACUUUCCUUCGCAACAACCAUCUUCAAAGUUGUUGUCUUCAUUACCGCCUGAUGGGCCUUCUGAUCAUAACGAACAGAGACUUGAUGCUUUAAAGCGGAUUGUAAACAAGGGUUUGAAGGAUCGAUUGGCCAAACAUGGGAAGCAGCCCCUACCUGACACCAAUAUUGAAGCACAGCCUGUUCGUGAUGAUGAAUUGCAUCACAGGUUCAAUUUUUUCAGCAACAGUCCAGAUGAAGCCCUUCAAAAAGUUCUGCAACAACUUUCAGAUGCAGUUCCAAAUGCUCCUGUCGCUCCUGGGGAAUUACAUGAUAAGGAAGCUCAAGGUGAUCACACUGAUGCACCAGCAACACUAGAUUGUCCAGAGAUGAGCACUAGCUUCAGUCAUAUGCUAGGUUCAGAUAUAUCCAGUCACAAAUCAAGGAACUUAUAUCCUCCUUCUGUUAGCUCGGGUUCUAGAUCUUCAAAAACUAUCAGUAUGAUGGACGCUCCUGCUCCAUCCUUCCGUCUGCUUGAAGAAUUUGAUGACAAUGAUAAUUUCAUUGACGAUCCACGCAAACGUAGAGCUGCUGGCUUACCUUGCGAUGGGAAUACAAUCUAUGAUGAUCCCACAUGUGUGCCAUAUCAUGAUGAGGAGCACACUGUGCCAAACUCUGAAAUUCCAGCUCCCACCCACAGCACAAGCCAUUGUAAGCUCGCACACACCCCAAGUAUUGCCGAUGAGCCACCAGGUGACGGCAUCAAUGCUGAUCAUCAUCAGGAUAGCCCUGUUUUCGAUAGAACACCAGACGCAAAUUAUGACUCGUCACGCGAAGCAAUUCCACUGGCAGCUGUUGAAAUUCAAGGCCGUCUUAUAUUACUAAGCCCCCAAGAAUCACCUGCAACCCCUGAAGUUCAAAUUACUAGAUUCAAGAAUUUCAAUGCUUCCUGCGGCACAAUGGCCAAAGAAGUUGACGAUAUCUACAAUGCUUCUUGCAGCAAAGUUACCAAAGAGGUUGAUGAUAUAAACAAUGAUCCAGGGAUCUCAUGUUUCAAAAAAUGUGAAAUGAUUGGAUUCAAUCUUGGUAGUUCUUCAGCAGGAAAGCAGCCAAGGCGCCCCCGACGUAUAAUACAACCCAAUUCUUAUUACAGAAACUUUCAAACCAAUAAGUGCAAUACAAGAUUCAUUGUUUCACCUCAAGACUUACUAGCCUAUGAAUGCAUCCUUUUUUAUGGGUCUCACCGAGAGUAUGCAAGCACUGAAGUAAUCAAUUAUGACAAUGUUCGUGUUAGUUAUCAGCAGCUAGCAACAUUGAGGCGUUCUUAAAAAGUAUCUGUUGAUAAGUUUGUCAUCAAUGCGUUUUGCCGGAAGAUGUUCAAGGAUAAGCACCCUAAAGAUUCUCGCCGUUAUUUCUUCUUCUCCACAGUUGGUGAUUAUCUUAUGAACCAUGAAUGGAACCAGACUUUCUUACAUGACACUUGUCGGAGAUGCUUCACACUUGCAAAUGGAUGUUUCAAGUUCAUAGCAUCAGAUUACCUUUUCUUCCCAAUUCUACAUGACGACCACUGGUUCUUGUUCAUUGUCACUCUACAUGAUGGUUACUUUAUCUUCCUCGACUCAUUCUUCCGUGAAGAUGAACUGUACCAACAGAAUGUUAGAAGCACUAUUAUACCAAAUUUUGUGAGAGCCUGGGAUGAAUUCAUUGGUGUAGAUUGGAGUUUUCAUGAGUUUGUCAUCCACUACGCACCUGUCCCGAAGUAUGAUAUGAAGUUUUUUUUCAAAGUAUGAUGAUGGAGUUUUUGUGAUGAAGUUUCUGGAGUUGUGGGACCCACGCAUCGACAUAUUACAAAAUUUUUCAUCAAGUAAUAUCCCAGAUAUCAGGGUGCAAUACAUGAAUAGUAUGGUAUUUAGCCACCACAACUGCAAUAGCCAUGCGAAGGAUAUGGUUAGCAAUCAUAAAGCAAUGCUGGAGUUGAAGCGAAGACCUGGAUUCCAACCAUCUAGUUCUUUGCAGUUCUAAGAAUGCGGAUGAUGUUUUGGGGUACAAUGUGGGCGGGG